CACCACAACAACCCUCCCCUUCACUUCUUUCCCCAUCCUUUCCCUCCUGUCGGUACUUUCAUUUACACUACAACUGUGCCCCCUGUCGCUGUACCUUGCCAUACAACUCCAUGCAACUCCCAUAUCCCAUACAACACCAUCCACCAACACCUACCGCCGUACCUUGCUCCUGCCAUUAACAAGGAAUCCCCCCAGCCCAGCCACCACCACCACCACCACCCACACCCACCACCACCACACCCAGCACCGCCCAACAGGCACAACCACCACACACUAUCCGCUCUUCACAACUGCCCACCACCCUCCACCACUCACAUUGCCCUCGGGCCCCAAUCCCAAAACAUCCACCUCCACCUCCACCUCGCAACAACCUCCCGUCCAAAUAAUACGAAGUCCUGAUUGUACACCAUAACUCUAUCAACGGACAAUAUCGAACAAUAUCUACCGACUCAUUAUUACACCACAACCAUAUUGAUAUCCUCACCUCAAUCAGUAUUCGAUCACGAACGCGCCAUCGCUAUUUCGAGCGCUUAUUCUCCUGCCCUGCCUCUGUGCAUUGCCUCUCUUCCACGACACAGCCCAUGAGCGAAACCUGGGCUUGAAGGGAACCACGCCAUCCCAGCGCGAGCGCCAAAGGGCGUAACAUAUCUCUGCCUCGACACAACUCUUUCCGUGGCCAACUUCAAUCGAGGCCUUCGAUAUGGCGCCUCCCGACCACCAAUCGAGUGAUUUCGGCCGACGGGAGUCGCAGAGGCUCUCGGUCCGCCAUUCUGUCGACAACACGAUUGACGAAGGCGACGACCUCUAUGGACUCGAGAGUAUGGGCGUGUCUGACGGGUUCCGCCCGCCUCACGUCCAGAACCACAACCGCAUAUCCUCCGACUCGUCACAAUUGAACAGGUCAGCACCUCCGCGGCCACCGAGUAUAUCGAAGCCGAGGAUGGUCGACAACUUUGCCCUUCGACACGAUGGGACCCCGGAGUCAUCGUCUUUUGGUCCGCCUGCUGAACGCAACGAAUCGACGCCUCUGAGCCGGUCUACAAGCACCUCGACUGAUGCUCCCACAAUAGUGCCCGAUGGGCCAUACCAGGGCCCGACGAGGCCGUCACAUCCAUAUCGAAUGUACCCGCAAAUGGGUCGUCCUGCGAGGGCUGCGAGCGUUGCUACGACUUCAAGUUUCCCCGCGUCAGAACAGAGUUACAGUGGACCCAAUGGCCCUACGCACCCCUACGGCAUGUAUCCUCAGAAUACUGUUCCGGAGUCAGAAGCCGGCGACAUCGAGCCACCAGCGAAUAUCCCAGUCGGCUUCCCAGGUCUCUCAGGGAACCAAUACCAAAGGCGAUUAGGCCCAGACGGUGAAGAUGCUGCCGAUAUCAUUGGCCCAGACGGCCAUACAGAACAAUUACCGCCCUACACGAAAUACCCCGAUGAAGUAUUCGCCAGGAAACUGAUGCCGACAUCUGCCCCAGGGCCAUAUGCAGCGGCCGCCUCGGGCGCAGGAGGUAUCGGCCUUGCAACGCGUAACCCUGAAUUCUCGUCAGAAAACCUCGCCAUCUCGCCCAUUGAACCGACGUCACCCCGGUCUACACUCUCCGUGCAGAGCGGCGAUCCCGUGCGAAGUCGCGAAGCUGCCGCGGCCGCAGAAGCGGAAUCCGAGAAGCCGGCUGAGAAGAAGUGGAAGACGAUGGCGAAGCAGAAGGUGUGCGGCUUCCUCCCGGUUUGGGCGCUGGCUUUGAUCGUGCUGCUCAUCGUCGUUAUUGCCCUGCUCGUCGGUAACAUCCUCGGCGUGAUGGUCACGAAACGGAAAGAGAAUAAGCACAAUAAGCCACCUACCAUACCUGUCUCAGGUGAUUACUACACAACCGUAACCACCACCGUAGACGCCACCCCCCUCCCCUCCCUCCCCACCGGCCUCCCCACCCUUCCCACGGGGACUUUCUCCCUCUUCAUGGGCUCCGCCGUGGAAGCCACAGGCCUCUGCCUCGAAAACACGUCCCAGCUCCCCGCCUGGUCCUGUGACAUGCCGCCCGCGAGCCUCCAAGUCACCAUCGCCAACCUGGGCCUCGACGCGCCCAAGACGAGUAACCACGCCUUCUCCGUCAAGCUUCCGGAUGGGGCACAGCAAGGGUUCUCGUACGGCACGCAGCCACCUGUAUUCAGACCGAAGAAUGUAAUGACCCUGGUGAGCGACUACGACGAUCCGCAUCUAGGACCAGCCUGGUUCUUCCAGGUCAAUUACGACAAAGUCGUCAUCCUCCCAGCAGAACUCCUGACGGCGCCAUCAGCCAAGGCGAGGAAGCGGCGGGGGAAUGUGGAGGCGGCCGACGGUACGACCGCUACUCCCACGGACGCGGCAGCACUCCAAACCUCCUCCUCCACCGAAACCGCAACAUCCUCCCCCACCGCCCCAGCCACAAACAACUACAACGGCGGCGACAGCAGUAGCGGCGGGUGGGGCCCACCACCAAACUCAUACCCGCGCCACAACGUCGUCGUCGCCGCAGGCUCAACACCGUGGUUCUGUUACUGGAACGGGACCCUCCUCGAGACCUUCGUGUACCCCAACGCCACCUCGCAAGCGAGCGAGAAAUGGGCCUCGAGCUACGGUGCCAAUCCCACCACGGCCUCCGGGUACGGGCGCCGGAGCGUACCUACAGAUGCUGGCGCCGUGACGGCUGGUGGUGGUACUCCGACGGGGAGUGCGAGUACGGCGGGGACGACGGGGGUGGGGGGUUUACUGCCGCCGUACCCGAAGGUUGUCAAGAUUGAGGAGAGGAGGAUGCCGAGGGGUGCGUACGAUCAGCCGUACUGCGUGCAGAUGCUCAUCUCGGCGGAUGGGACGAGUGCGGUGCCGGUGAAGGGCGGGGAUGGGAAUGCGGUUGUCGUGGUGCUUGAUGAGCGCGUGGGGACGGGUGGGAGUGGGAAGGCGGAGAGGGAUGGGGAGGGGAUGGAGGAGGGGAUGGGGUGGGGGAAGAGGACGACGAUACAGGAGUGUCAUUGUGGGUGGGUUGCUAAGUGAACAUCGCUGGGGACUACUACUUGGCGGUUUGUUGUUAUUUUGAUGUGCUUGGAAUCGGCACAUAGCGAGCGGAGCAGGUAAUGUCCUGCAGAUCGAGAGAUGGAGGAUACAGCGAGCUUUUUGGUCGUUUAACUGGCUAUGUGUCCCUCCCAGACUGGGAGAGGCGCACAGCGAGUUAAACGAACGAACGACACAUUCUCUCUGUGUCGACAGCGCUAGGGGGGUGGGUUUUGGAAUAGCACCGGCGUCUUUUUUUGGGUUGAUUUUUUGGGGUUUUUGUUGGGGAUAUGGAUCACUAUGGGGAGAGACUCCAUGGCGCAAAAAUGGGGAUUGCACUUAACUUUUCAUGUUUUUAUGUUUUAACCUUUUUUUGGGAAAGCGUGG